UGGAGGGUGGUGGGGGUGAUUUAGUGGAAAGACUAGCCUACUGGGCUGCACUAGCCUACUCCAAAAAUAAAUCGCACUUUCUCUGAUCCACAUUCGGUUAAUGCGUAGUGCAAACAGACUCAUAUUCUAUCGUCUUUAGUUCGACAGUCAUUGUUGGCAAUCCUUUCAGAAGAGUCCUGCCUAUUGCAAUGGAGGAGAAAGUCACUACUAAACCAAAAGCUGAUAAACCAAGAGGUUUUUAUUGUCUGCUAACAGCGGCAGUCGUGGUAUCUGGAAUAGCCGUUUUCGUAGGGUUGUCCGAACACAAGACGUCAUCAUCGCUUGAGUUGCCGUGGUGGAAGACAACAAUAAUAUACCAGGUUUACCCACGUUCGUUUAAAGACUCCGAUGGGGAUGGUAUUGGUGAUAUUAAAGGGAUAAUUUCGAAACUGGACUAUUUUGUCUACCUGAACAUCAAGGCCCUGUGGCUGAGUCCAUUCUACAAGUCUCCCAUGGCAGAUUUCGGUUAUGACAUAUCAAAUCACACAGACGUGGACUCCAUAUUUGGAAGUUUGGAAGACGUCGAUCAGUUGAUUGAAGAAGCUCAUGCUAGGGGUAUUCGAAUAAUAAUAGACUUCGUCCCAAACCACACGAGCGACAAACAUGUUUGGUUUGAGAAGAGUCUACAAAAUGAUGACAAAUACAAGGACUACUACAUCUGGGCAGACGACAUCGUAACUUCUGGCGGAAGCCGAAAACCCCCGAAUAACUGGUUGUCUGUUUUCUCUGGCUCUGCAUGGACAUGGAAUGAGAAUAGAAGUCAGUUCUAUUAUCACGCAUUUCUGACAAAACAGCCCGAUCUUAACUUUAGGAAUACAGACGUUAUUGACGAUAUGAAGGGUGUGUUGAGAUUCUGGCUCGAGAGAGGAGUUGAUGGUAUAAGAGUUGAUGCUCUUCAGAAGUUGUUUGAGGUGACAGAUUUAUCCUUGAACGAGCCUCCAAGCAAUGCUAAGGAAUACCACGAGCACCAGUACAAUUAUUUAAAUCAUCCUUACACAGAGAGUCUUCCAGAAACAUUCGAGGUCGUCACACGUUGGAAGGAUGUUAUGAACGAGUUUGAGAAUAAGGAUGGAAUAUCCAGGUUUAUGGUUAUUGAAACAUAUGAGCAACCAUCACAGAGAAAUAUAUAUUAUGACCACGGCGCAGUUCCAUAUAAUUUCGACCUCAUAAUGGAUGUGACGUCAGAAUGUGGAGGACUUUGUAUUCGAGAUGUUCUCGAGAAAGAAUAUUCAAAUUUGCCACCCGGAGCCUGGCCUACAUUUGUACUUGGUAACCAUGACAGGAAUCGAGUCUCCAAGAAGUUUGGUCUGGAAUUCGUGAACGUCUACAAUAUGCUGUUGUUAACUUUGUGGGGAACACCAACCACGUACUAUGGAGAAGAGCUGGGCAUGGAGGAGAUACAAGUCAGCUUCGAGGACACUCAGGACCCACAAGGACUUAAGCAAGGAAAGGAAUACUACGCGGAGUUUUCGCGCGACCCGUGUCGUUCUCCCAUGCAGUGGACGUCUUCAGUACAAUCAGGGUUCAGCACGUCACCAACACCCUGGCUUCCUGUUCAUGGACACUACAGGACGGUCAAUGUCGAGGUUCAGAAGAAUUCCAAGUCUCUUUCCCCACUUCAACUGUACAGAAAGUUGGCGUUUUUGAGAGAGCAUCCAUCUUUUCAGACUGGUUCCCUCCAGUACGUGGUAGUAAAUAAGAAUAUUCUGUCAUAUGUCAGAGGAUCAGAUGGUGAGGGUAGGUUCCUGGUGGCUAUGAAUUUUGGACACAAGACGUCAACAGAUAACUAUAGCAUCCAUCCAGUUAAUACGGAAAAAGGCACAGUUGUUGUGACUACCAGCAGUUUGAACAGCGAAGAGAAGAAUACAAGAUCACUAAAAGACAUAUCGUUAUUGCCUGGUAGUGGUAUUAUUAUCAAACUGUGACAUUCAAAAUAGUUGAUAUAUUUUAUAGUUUGUAUAAUUUCAAAGAUGACAAUAUUUCAUAGUUCUUAUGGUCGAAAAAGAAAACAUAUUUUACUAUCUUGUAAUUCAAGAGCAAUCACUUGUUAUAGUUCUUCUAAACACAAGAGCUACCAUAUUUUAUAGUUCUAAUCAAACCAUAUGUUAUAAUGCAUUAUAUAAUUUCAAGCGCCAUAUUAUUUUUAUCGCUCUUGUGGCUGUAAAAUACACCAUACUUCAUAAUGCAUAAAUAUCGGAAAUUCUGACAAUUUGCCAUAUCACAAAAAUGUGAAAUUAUAUAAUUUAUGUCGGAACCAGUUAACUAAACCUGUUGUUUGUAUCUUCUAUUUACCUAGAAGUAUACAAAAAACUGAUUAAAAGACUCGAUAAACCACAUUUUAUAGAAAUAAGAGAAAUAUUUGACAAAAGAAAAUGGCUAAAAUUGUAUGCGUUUGUAAAAACAAAUGGUCAGCUCUUUUGACCUCAUUAAUCAACCAAACAUAUAAAAAUGCACGCUACUACCUUCAAGUUGAGUGGUAAUAUAUAAUCAUACCGUUAUAUAGCAUUAUGUUUCCACUACCUUUAAAUGUGUGACAUUCCGACAAACCGCCAUAUCACAAAUAUCGUGCCAUUAUAUAUUUUAAGUCGGACCCACUUGACUAAACCAGUUGUUUUCCUCUUCUAUGUGCCUAAACUAUACAAAAACUGAUAAAUCACAUGCUAUAGAACUAAGAGCGAAGUCUGACCAAAGAAAAUAUCCCAAUUCUAAGCGUCGGUAAAAUAUCGUGACCUUUUGACCUCUGGUGACCUAAUUAAUAAACCAACUAUAUAGAAAUGCA